CUCUGUGCGGGCGGCGAGCGAGCGGCGGCGGCGCUGCGGUUGCGCCAUCUGUCAGGAGCCCCAGUGGGAGGGGAGCGCCCGAGCCGCGCUCGCCCGGGCGGAGCGGAGGCGAGGCAGCAGCAACAACGCGGACAGCCGCUGCAAGCUCAUCCCUGCCUAGGCUGCAGCUCUACCGUCUCCUCCGCGCUGUGCCGGGGCUCGGCGCAGCGCGUCUGCCCACGGGGAGAGGCAGCGGAAGCCCCUCGCUGCGGGCGGCCGGGCGGGUGCAGCUGGUGGAGGAGCGGAACGAGGAGGAUGUGAGUGCGGCGGCGCCGCCCCGGCCCCGCGCUGCGCUGAGCCGAGCUGAGCCGAGCUGCUCCAGGGCAUGUUUUCAAGCCAUUUCUGAGGAAAUGUGGUGAAUGUAAACUUGCUCUGUUUGGGGGGGAAAUUCUGCUGAGGCUCACGUUAGCCCUUUUGGCCACAGCCUUCUGUGGGGAAUUCAUGUCGAGCUGACUGCCUCCCAGGAGCCCUGGUCUCAUAUUCAGUCUCUACUUUGGAGGAUAGAGUCCUCUCUCUCCCUCUCAUCCUGAUUUUAGAUAAUGGGCUGUGUGCAAUGUAAGGAUAAAGAAGCAACCAAACUGACUGACGAGAGGGAUGGCAGUUUAACUCAAAGCUCAGGCUACCGCUAUGGGACAGAUCCCACUCCGCAGCACUAUCCUAGCUUUGGUGUGACUUCGAUCCCAAACUACAACAACUUCCAUGCCACAGGAGGCCAAGGACUGACUGUGUUUGGUGGAGUCAAUUCCUCCUCUCAUACAGGGACGCUGCGUACGAGAGGAGGAACAGGUGUAACCCUUUUUGUGGCACUUUAUGACUACGAAGCAAGGACAGAAGAUGACUUGAGUUUUCAGAAAGGAGAAAAAUUUCAAAUACUGAACAGCUCGGAAGGAGACUGGUGGGAGGCCCGGUCCUUGACAACAGGAGAAACUGGUUACAUUCCCAGUAAUUAUGUGGCUCCAGUCGAUUCCAUCCAAGCAGAAGAGUGGUACUUUGGCAAACUUGGCCGAAAAGACGCCGAGAGGCAGCUGCUGUCAUUCGGAAACCCCAGAGGUACCUUCCUGAUCCGAGAGAGUGAAACUACCAAAGGUGCCUAUUCCCUGUCUAUCCGAGACUGGGAUGAUAUGAAAGGAGAUCAUGUCAAACAUUAUAAGAUUCGUAAACUUGACAACGGUGGCUAUUAUAUCACAACCCGGGCACAGUUUGAAACUCUCCAGCAGCUGGUUCAGCAUUAUUCAGAGAGAGCUGCAGGUCUUUGCUGCCGCUUAGUAGUCCCCUGUCAUAAAGGAAUGCCAAGGCUUACUGAUCUGUCUGUCAAAACCAAAGAUGUCUGGGAAAUUCCACGAGAAUCCCUACAGUUGAUCAAGAGACUGGGAAAUGGGCAGUUUGGGGAAGUAUGGAUGGGUACGUGGAAUGGAAAUACUAAAGUGGCUAUCAAGACCCUGAAGCCUGGCACUAUGUCUCCAGAAUCCUUCUUAGAAGAAGCCCAAAUCAUGAAGAAGCUAAAACAUGACAAAUUGGUCCAACUUUAUGCUGUGGUAUCUGAAGAACCUAUCUAUAUUGUCACAGAGUACAUGAGCAAAGGCAGUUUGCUGGAUUUCUUAAAAGACGGAGAAGGAAGAGCUUUGAAGUUACCGAAUUUGGUGGACAUGGCAGCCCAGGUGGCUGCGGGGAUGGCGUACAUCGAGCGGAUGAAUUACAUACACAGGGACCUGCGCUCUGCAAACAUUCUGGUGGGGAAUGGCCUUAUAUGCAAGAUUGCUGACUUUGGGUUGGCAAGACUGAUCGAGGACAACGAAUAUACAGCCAGACAAGGUGCAAAGUUUCCCAUUAAAUGGACUGCCCCAGAAGCAGCAUUGUAUGGAAGGUUCACAAUAAAGUCAGAUGUGUGGUCUUUUGGGAUCUUGCUGACAGAGCUGGUUACAAAAGGGAGAGUGCCAUACCCAGGCAUGAACAACCGUGAAGUCUUGGAGCAAGUAGAGCGUGGCUACCGGAUGCCGUGUCCUCAGGACUGUCCCAUCUCCUUGCAUGAGCUGAUGAUCCACUGCUGGAAAAAAGACCCAGAGGAGCGUCCAACUUUUGAAUAUUUGCAGGGUUUCCUUGAAGACUACUUCACUGCAACAGAACCCCAGUACCAGCCCGGAGACAACCUGUAAAUCCCCUGGUCUCCAGACACUAUCAUGAAUUACCAGGGGGUUCCUGCCCCACCUUUGCCCUUCGGCUUCCCCAGAGCGCAACAUCGUCCUCCAGCACCGCUGCCGCGCACAGGAGGGGGCUGAAGCCGGGAACUUCUGCAGCCCUUACCUAUGACCACUUGUCCUAAUACUCUGAAUGUCCUGGAUGAAAAGGAGAGAAA